AGCGCAUGCGUGAUGAUGCUUAAGGAGUAGGAAGUAGUGAUAGAGUGAACAUUUGAAGAUUUUUACAAUAAUUUCGCCGCUAUGUCAAACCAGCCUAAAAAACCAAGACCUCAGAAUAGCCCGUCUCUCAUUCUGGCACCCAACGAGAACGAAAUCCUGUUUAACUUAAUUGGAAAUCGCUGUGUGACUGUUGCGACUGCAGUGGUACAGGUGUUUCUGGCCAGCAAUCCCCCUGCCCUCAACAGAUGGAGCAAACGCUGCACUGGGGUAGCCAUGUUCAUCAAGGACAACGAGAAACGCUCCUAUUUCAUCAGGGUGUAUGGGCUGGUGCUGAUGAGCAUGUUCAACCAAGUGUGA